GCUGUGACAAACUUGCGCGCCGUGGCGGCAGAGUUUGGCUGUGGGGGGGCUAAGCGUGUUCAGCACACGGUUGAAAUUCGGGACUGGUGGCUUUGCAUCUAUCGGAGCGGGAAGUCCUGAAUUAUACCGGGUCAUAUGAAAUAGAUCUUUUCUAAGCAUUUAUUUCAUUUAGGCAGGUUGCAAGACAGCAGGUUAGGCGGAGUAUAAAAUAAUUCCGGCGGCGUGCUUUUCACGUGGGUUUGAUGCAACAACGGCGGAGGGAUAAAGACAGAUAAAGUAGCUCAAAUUUCCCGGGCGAAGAAGUUUUUGUUUUAUGUAGGAAAUCCACCGUAUUUCUUUUAGGGGAUAUAUAAAUACGCAGGUAGGUAAAAUGACAGUUCACAUGGGAUCUCUUAUUUUAGAAGAUGGAUCUGCCUUCAAAGGCCGCCUAUUCGGGGCUGUCACUUCGGUCUCUGGCGAAGUCGUAUUCCAGACAGGUAUGGUGGGCUAUCCAGAAGCUCUCACUGAUCCAUCCUACAAGUGUCAGAUCCUGACAUUGACCUACCCGAUGGUGGGUAACUAUGGCAUCCCCAGCGACGAAGACGGGGAGUAUGGACUCAGCAAGUGGUUUGAGUCUUCGAAGAUCCACGCUGCUGCUCUUAUCGUUGGAGAGAUUUGCCAGAAUCCAAGUCAUUGGAGCUCCACAAAGUCUCUGGACCAGUGGCUGAAAGAGCAAGGAAUUCCCGGACUUGAAGGUAUUGACACAAGGUGCUUGACGAAGAAGAUUCGAGAAAAGGGGACCAUGCUGGGGAAGUUGGUGGUGGACGGUACCCCUGAGGCCACUGUUCCCUUUGACAACCCUAACCAGAGGAAUAUGGUGAUGGAAGUCUCAGUAAAGGAACCCAGAGUCUUCAACCCCAGUGGGGUCGUGCGGAUCACUGCGGUGGAUUGCGGUAUCAAGUACAACCAGAUUCGCUGCCUGUGCCAGAGAGGGGCGCGUGUUACCAUCGUUCCCUGGAAUCACCCACUGGACAGCGCAGACUUUGAUGGGCUGUUUAUCAGCAAUGGGCCCGGUGAUCCUCAGUUCUGCAAAGAAACUGUUGAGAACAUGAAGAAGGUUCUGUGUGCAGAGAACCCUAAGCCUGUCUUUGGCAUCUGCUUGGGCCAUCAGCUGCUCUCCCUGGCUAUCGGGGCUAAGACCUACAAAAUGAAGUAUGGAAACCGUGGCCACAACCAGCCCUGUAUCCACAAUGGAACGGGCCGCUGCUUCAUUACCUCCCAGAACCACGGAUUUGCAGUGGACCCGGGCACUCUCCCCUCGGACUGGGAUGUGCUCUUCACCAAUGCCAAUGACCAGACGAGCGAGGGCGUUGUGCACAACACCAAGCCCAUGUUCAGUGUGCAGUUCCACCCGGAACACAUGGCAGGCCCUACGGAUUUGGUCGGCCUCUUUGAUGUGUUCCUGGCCCUGAUCACUGACUUCAAACAGGGCAAAGUUGGGAAGCCAGUGAAGGAAAGGCUGACUGAACACCUCACCUACACUGGAGCCCCCAAAAUGAAUGACUUUUUGCGCCCCCGGAAAGUGCUGAUCCUGGGCUCGGGUGGCUUAUCCAUUGGCCAGGCUGGGGAGUUUGACUAUUCUGGCUCUCAGGCCAUAAAGGCACUGAAGGAGGAGAACAUCCAAACGGUCCUCAUCAAUCCCAACAUUGCCACAGUGCAGACCUCCAAGGGGCUUGCUGACAAGGUGUACUUCCUUCCCAUCACCGCAGAGUAUGUCACUCAGGUUAUAAAAAACGAACGUCCCGAUGGGGUACUGCUCACCUUUGGGGGGCAGACCGCUCUCAACUGUGGGGUGGAACUGACGAAGCAGGGUGUUCUCGAGCGCUAUUCUGUCCGGGUGCUGGGGACGCCUGUGGCUUCCAUCGAGAUGACGGAGGACCGCAAGAUCUUUGUGGAGAAGAUGGAGGAGAUCAAUGAACAUGUGGCGCCUAGUGAAGCGGCCAUGUCCGUUGAACAGGCAGUGGCGGCUGGCGAGCGCCUGGGCUUCCCCGUGCUGGUCCGCUCCGCUUUCGCCCUCGGCGGCCUUGGCUCAGGCUUCGCCAACAACCGGGAGGAGCUGAUGACGCUGGUCACACAGACCUUCGCGCACACCUCCCAAGUGCUAAUCGACAAGUCCCUCAAAGGUUGGAAGGAGAUUGAGUAUGAGGUUGUCCGGGACGCCUACGAUAACUGCGUAACGGUGUGCAACAUGGAGAACAUAGACCCCCUGGGCAUCCACACAGGAGAGUCCAUAGUGGUGGCGCCCAGCCAGACACUCAAUGACCACGAAUACAAUAUGCUGAGGAACACCGCCAUCAAGGUCAUCCGCCACCUUCGCAUUGUGGGGGAGUGCAAUAUCCAAUAUGCGCUCAAUCCAGAGUCUGAGCAGUAUUACAUCAUAGAGGUAAACGCACGCCUGUCACGAAGCUCUGCCUUAGCAAGUAAGGCAACUGGAUACCCCCUGGCAUACGUGGCAGCUAAACUCGGCCUCGGUAUUCCGCUUCCCGUCCUCAAGAAUUCAGUCACCAACUCCACCACGGCCAAUUUUGAGCCUAGUCUGGAUUAUUGUGUGGUCAAGGUGCCUCGCUGGGACCUGAGCAAAUUUCUGAGAGUCAGCACUAAGAUCGGCAGCUCCAUGAAGAGUGUCGGGGAGGUCAUGGCCAUUGGCUGCAACUUUGAGGAAGCCUUCCAAAAGGCCCUAAGAAUGGUGGAUGAGAACUGUGUUGGUUUUGACCACACCAUCAAACCCGUCUCCGAUCAGGAGCUGCAGACCCCCACGGAUAAGCGCAUUUUUGUGCUGGCCGCUGCGCUUCGCGCUGGGUAUUCCGUCGAUUGCCUGUACGAGCUGACGAAGAUCGACCGCUGGUUCCUGCACAAGAUGAAAAACAUCGCCGAUCACGAGAAACUUCUGGAGUCCUUCCGCCAGGAAGGAACUACCAUUCCUCCGGAGGUCCUUAGGACAGCCAAGCAGUUGGGCUUCUCGGACAAGCAGAUCGCCCUAGCUAUACAGAGCACAGAGCUGGCAGUGAGGAAGCUCCGUCACGACUGGAAGAUCCUUCCAGUGGUGAAGCAGAUCGACACGGUGGCGGCUGAGUGGCCGGCCCACACCAACUACCUGUACCUGACUUACCAUGGUAUAAAGAGUGACCUGACCUUUGGGGAGCCACAUGUCAUGGUCAUUGGGUCUGGCGUUUACCGCAUCGGCAGCAGCGUGGAGUUUGACUGGUGUGCCGUGGGUUGCAUCAUGGAGCUCCGUAAGAUGGGUUACAAGACCAUCAUGGUGAACUACAACCCAGAAACUGUCAGCACAGAUUACGACAUGUGCAACCGACUCUACUUUGAUGAGAUCUCAUUUGAGGUAGUGAUGGACAUCUAUGAGAUGGAGAACCCUGAAGGGAUCAUUCUGUCCAUGGGGGGUCAGCUGCCCAACAACAUCGCGAUGGCGCUCCACCGACAGCAGUGCCGUAUCCUGGGCACCUCGCCCGAGUUCAUUGACUCUGCAGAGAAUCGCUUCAAAUUCUCCAGGAUGCUGGACACCAUUGGCAUCAGUCAGCCACAGUGGAAGGAGCUUGCAGAGACGGAGUCGGCUAUGCGUUUUUGUGAGACCGUCGGCUACCCUUGCCUAGUGCGGCCCUCCUACGUGCUGAGCGGGGCUGCCAUGAAUGUGGCGUACUCUGACAGCGACCUAGAGAAAUACCUCAGCAAUGCAGUGGCUGUGUCCAAGGAGCAUCCUGUAGUGAUCUCCAAGUUCAUCCAGGAGGCCAAGGAAAUUGACGUGGAUGUGGUGGCAUGCGAUGGUGUAGUCGUUGCCAUGGCGAUCUCGGAGCACGUGGAGAAUGCAGGCGUUCACUCGGGAGAUGCCACAUUGGUCACCCCACCUCAAGACCUCAAUCAGAAGACCAUGGAGCGCAUCAAGAUGAUUGUGCAUGCCAUUGGCCAGGAGUUACAAGUGACUGGUCCUUUUAACCUGCAGCUUAUUGCUAAGGACGACCAGCUGAAGGUGAUCGAGUGUAAUGUCAGGGUCUCGCGUUCCUUCCCCUUCGUCUCAAAGACACUCGGGGUGGAUCUUGUGGCCCUGGCAACCCAAGUCAUCAUGAGAGAAGAGGUGGAGCCUGUAGGGCUGAUGAAAGGAACAGGGAUCGUUGGAGUCAAGGUCCCGCAGUUCUCGUUUUCACGCCUCGCGGGAGCUGAUGUGGUACUGGGGGUGGAGAUGACCAGCACUGGUGAGGUGGCCUGCUUUGGAGAGGACCGCUACGAGGCCUACCUGAAGGCCAUGCUCAGCACUGGCUUCAAGAUCCCCAAGAAGAACAUCCUCCUCUCCAUUGGAAGCUAUAAAAACAAGAGUGAAUUGUUGCCCACAGUCCAGGCUUUGGAGAGCCUCGGGUACAACCUUUAUGCCAGCUUGGGCACAGCGGACUAUUACACGGAGCAUGGAGUGAAGGUGAUGGCAGUGGACUGGCCCUUCGAAGAGGAGUCAGACUGUCCAACCAAAGAGAAGCAGAGGAACAUCAUGGAUUACUUGGAGGAGAACCACUUUGAUAUGGUCAUCAACCUGUCCAUGAGGAAUUCUGGCGGCCGCCGCCUCUCUUCCUUCGUCACCAAGGGAUACCGCACGCGCCGCAUGGCCAUUGACUACUCCGUGCCUCUCAUCAUAGACAUUAAGUGCACCAAGCUCUUUGUCCAGGCUCUUCGUCAGAUUGGGCACGCGCCGCCGGUUAAGACCCACAUAGACUGCAUGACAUCACAGAAGCUGAUUCGCUUGCCAGGUCUCAUAGACGUGCACGUCCAUCUGCGUGAGCCGGGUGCCACCCACAAGGAAGACUUCUCAUCUGGCACUGCCGCUGCCCUCGCGGGUGGCAUCACCAUGGUGUGCGCCAUGCCCAACACGACGCCUGCGGUCAUUGAUGCCAACUCUCUUGCCACAGUCCAGAAGCUGGCCAAGGCUGGUUGCCGCUGUGACUAUGCCUUGUACCUGGGCGCUUCUUCAGACAACGCCACUCUCCUGCCCACCAUCGCCAGUUCGUCGGCCGGUCUGAAGAUGUACCUGAAUGAUACUUACUCUACGCUAAAGAUGGACAAUGUGUCUCUCUGGAUGGAGCACUUUGAGAAGUGGCCGGCACACCUUCCCAUCGUGGCACACGCAGAGAAACAGACCGUGGCUGCCAUCCUCAUGGUGGCACAGCUGUACCAGAGACCUGUUCACAUCUGCCACGUUGCCAAGAAGGAAGAGAUCUUCAUCAUCCGAGCCGCCAAGCAGAGGGGCAUCCAGGUGACGUGUGAGGUGGCCCCCCACCACCUCUUCUUGUGUGAGGACAACGUGGCGGACAUUGGGGAGGGCCGGGCCCAGGUGCGCCCCAUGUUAGGCACGAGAGAAGACAUGGAAGCUCUGUGGGAGAAUCUGGAUAUCAUCGAUUGCUUCGCCACAGACCACGCCCCUCACACAGUGAAAGAGAAGGACACAGAGAACCCGCCACCAGGGUACCCUGGCUUGGAGACAAUGUUGCCCCUGCUACUUACAGCAGUAAGCAAGGGCCGCCUCACCAUCGAGGACAUCGUCAAGCGUCUGUAUGACAACCCGCGUAGGAUCUUCUCCCUGCCACCCCAGGAGAACACAUAUGUGGAGGUGGACCUGGAGCAGGAGUGGACCAUUCCUAGUCACAUGCAGUUCACAAAGUCUAAAUGGACACCCUUCAAGGGCAUGAGUGUGAAGGGUAAAGUGAGGAGGGUUGUGCUGAGAGGGGAGGUCGCCUACAUUGAUGGACAGGUGUUGGUGGCCCCUGGGUAUGGGCAGGAUGUGAAGACUUGGUCCAAAGUAGGGCCUCCAGUGCCAGCCUCAGAGCUGGUGAAGGACAUCCCAAAGACUCCAGAGUGCCAUCGGCAGGCUGCUCAGUGUGAGAUCAUGCGCACACGUGCCCCCAGCCCCAGGCGGACUGCAGAGUGCCGAUUUGCACUCCCACCCCGUGUCCACCGGGCCUCUGACCCUGGCCUGCCCCCAGACGUGGCGAUGUCAGCGGAGACCGCUGCUCACCCCCUGCCAGUGUCCCGGAUCCUGUCACCGCAACACGGGAUUCCCACGGCCGUGACCCACACUCAGUUGUCACCUCUACUGCACCCCCUGGUGGCUCAGCACAUCCUGUCCGUUAAGCAGUUCAGCAAGGACCAGAUGUCCCACCUGUUUAAUGUGGCUCAUACGCUCCGCUUGAUGGUGCAGAAGGAGAGGAGUCUUGACAUUUUAAAGGGUAAGGUGAUGGCCUCGAUGUUCUAUGAGGUCAGCACGCGCACCAGCAGCUCCUUCGCAGCCGCCAUGCAGCGUCUAGGUGGCUCUGUCGUCCACUUCUCCGAGUCUACCUCCUCCACCCAGAAGGGCGAGUCCCUGGCCGACUCGGUGCAGACCAUGAGCUGCUAUGCCGACGUGCUGGUGUUGCGGCACCCGCAGCCGGGGGCUGUGGAGAUGGCGGCAAAGCAUUGCCGCAAGCCGGUGAUCAAUGCGGGCGAUGGAGUCGGCGAACACCCCACUCAGGCACUACUGGAUAUUUUCACCAUCCGGGAGGAGCUCGGCACAGUUAACGGCAUGACCAUCACCAUGGUUGGAGACUUGAAGCAUGGUCGCACGGUCCACUCCCUGGCCAGGUUACUCACCCAGUACAGGAUCACCCUUCGUUACGUGGCCCCAAAGAACCUACACAUGCCCCCGGAAAUCAUUGAAUAUGUGGCAUCUAAGGGGAUCAAACAAGAGGAGUUUGACAGCAUUGAAGAGGCGCUUGCGGACUCUGAUGUCCUGUACAUGACCCGAAUCCAGAAAGAGAGGUUUGCUUCUGAGGAGGAGUACGAUGCAUGCUUCGGUCAGUUCAUCUUGACUCCACACAUCAUGACGGGAGCUAAACGCAAGAUGGUCGUCAUGCACCCUCUUCCUAGAGUCAAUGAGAUCAGUGUUGAAGUGGACACAGAUCCUCGGGCUGCAUAUUUUAGGCAGGCGGAGAACGGCAUGUACAUCCGUAUGGCCCUCCUUGCCACCGUUCUAGGACGGUAAAGUAGGGGGAGACCAUCCACCAUCCAAGGGAGAAGAAUUGCUGCUCAUGAAAAGACCACUGUUAAUGCGGUUAAAUGAGAAACCUAUUUUUUACUCAUUUGAUGUACAACAGAUUCCAGCCGUUCCUAAUUAAACUUAGGCAACUAAGUAAUAUGACUAUGCCUCUCCAAUGGAAAAACAAACGUAAAUCCAUUGAUAGCUACACAACAUGGCUGUAUUUCAGAAUCUAUUCUAGCUUUUGUACUUGUAAGUUGGAUUUUUAAAGCUUUCUGCGAGAAUUGGCAAUGAAGACUUAAAUGAUUAUUAGAAGGGAACUGGACUAAUUUAAAAUUUCUGUUCUUUCAUUUCUUAAUAUUUUUGGCAGUGAUCCUUUUACUUGCACUUCAAGUGUAAUGUCAUUUUUGGGUUGUUGGGAGGAGGGAGAAGCGUUUAUAAAAGGCCUAUAUGCA